AUGCGCAACCGAUAUGACCUUAUUUGGUUACGACCAAGGAGUGUUCAGCGGUGUCGUGAUCACUGGAAUUUCCUUGUAAGCCACGAUCUCGUCGGACCUACGAAGACAACGGCCCUAUCCACGGUGACUGCGAUAUAUGAUAUUGGUUGUUUCUUCGGGGCCCUUGUCGCCUUCACCCUUGGUGAGCGUCUGGGCCGAAAGAAAGAGAUCCUCCUGGGAACUACAAUUAUAGUUCGUUUAGUUUGGCGCAAAUUGUUCGUUGGUCGUAUCGUGUUAGGGCCCAAUCUGGCUGACCGAAACAUCCCAAACAAAAUGGCGCGGAAAACUGGUAAUCCUAGAUAUGAUGAUGAACAUCGCUGGUUUCUGUCUCGUCAACUGGAUCAAUUAUGUAUUAUCAUUUGCAGGCGGCUCCGUAGCCUGGCGGUUUCCACAUGCAUUCCAAUUCUUCUUUUCAUUCUGUGGAGUACAAUGCCCUGGCUGCCGGAGUCUCCUCGAUGGCUCCUCGCCCAUGGCAAAGAAGAAGAGGCAAUCGAAGUCCUCAGCUGCCUCGAAGCAAAGCCGAUCGACGACCCCGUGGUCAUAACCCAGCGCAACCAAAUCGCAUUCAGCUUUCAAUACGGGCGGCAGAACGCCGUGCGCUGGCGGGAUCUCCUCAAAAAGACAAGAAGAACGAUACCAAAACAUUGCGCAGAAUUUCCCUAG